UACCCACUACUAUCUACACGCAAACAUAAACCUUAACGGCUUAACCCAUCCACAGUGUCUUCAACAUUUUCUUCCCGCAGACAAAAAGCAUGGCGGUUCCGCCUUAUCUCCUCCACUCCUCCGCCUUCUUCCUCAUCGCCUUCCUCUCCUACACGGCGGCGGCGUUUGACGUAACCACCACCCCUUUCGACCAAGGCUUCACCACUCUCUACGGCGAAUCCAACAUCCUCCGCUCCACCAGCGACGACUCCGUUCGCCUCCACCUCAACCACUUAUCAGGUUCUGGCUUCCGCUCUUCUGAUCUAUACAGCCAUGGCUUCUUCAGUGCCAAGAUAAAGCUCCCAUCGGACUACACCGCAGGAAUCGUGGUUGCCUUUUAUACGACGAACGCGGACGUGUUUGAAAAGACGCACGACGAAUUGGACUUUGAAUUUCUGGGAAACGUGAAGGGGAAGCCAUGGCGGUUCCAGACGAACAUGUAUGGGAAUGGGAGCACGAGUAGGGGAAGGGAAGAGAGGUAUUUGCUGUGGUUUGAUCCGUCCAAAGAGUUCCACCGCUACAGUAUUCUAUGGACCAACCAAACCAUCAUAUUUUACAUAGAUGAUGUUCCCAUUAGAGAGAUGAUACGAAACGAAGCCAUGGGGGGAGACUUCCCACAAAAGCCGAUGGGCCUAUACGCCACCAUCUGGGACGCUUCCGACUGGGCCACUUCCGGCGGAAGGUACAAAGUCAACUACAAAUACGCUCCCUUCGUGGCCCACUUCACCGACCUCGUCCUCCGCGGAUGCGCCGCCGAUCCUUUACAGGAGGUCGUCGGCGAGCACCCCGGGGUCGGCGGCUGCGACGACCGCCGCGAGCUGGAAGGAGCCGAUUUCGCUAACGUGACUCCGAAGCAAAGAAGGGCCAUGAAGAGGUUCAGACAGAAGCACAUGUACUACUCCUACUGCUACGAUUCCGUGAGGUACGCGGUGCCGCCGCCGGAGUGCGUGAUUGACGCGGCGGAGAGGCAGCAGUUCAAGGAGACCGGGCGGCUGAAGUUCGAGAAGCGCCACCACCGCCGUGGCAAGAGAUCGUCGAGAAGUGAAGUGUUUGAGAGAACCAACUAUGGGAGUAACCAAGACGAAGACUAAUUAUACUUACAGAGUUACAGAAUAUAUAUAUAUAUAUACUUGAUCGAUUGAUUUUUUUUUUUUUUUGAAAAUAAUUUUUAUGGGAUUGAAUUUAUUUGGAUUUGGUUAAUUAUUGUCAACUAAGAGAGAAAAUUUGCCUCAUUUUCUUGUGUAAAUAAAUAAACAAUUACAUUAUCACUUA